AUGGCCAGAAACGCCCCUUAUCCGACGGACCAGAUGCCCCCGAUUCUAGAAAGUGUAGCAAAGCUGAUCUGUCUGAGACCGGAGCUGAGGAAGAUUGGUUGCGGUGGCGACAGGGUUUACUUGAAGAUUAGCGUAACUAGGAGCGACGGGAGGUUGAAGAAACUUGAUUUAGAGGGACGCACCAAGGGUCUUAUUUUGGAACCCAUUAGUGUUCUAAUGCAAAGAGUGGAACAAGAUGCUUUCACAAAGGCUUUGCAAGCAAGUUCUGAAUUGCAGAAUGAUGCAAUCCUCCCUGAAACACAAGUGGUUAAUGAACAGCUUUGGGUGGAUAAAUAUGCUCCAAGUUCAUUUACAGAGCUUCUCAGUGAUGAACAGACAAAUCGUGAGGUCCUCUUGUGGUUGAAACAGUGGGAUUCCUGUGUUUUUGGGUUUGAAAUUAGGAGCACGAUGGAGGAGGUCUUGUCUGCUUUGAGACGACAUUCUUCCAUUGCUCAACAUCAAAGGCCCUCUGGUAUGAGCUUUCUUAGGAAGAAUAAAGGACAACGAUUGAGUGAUGGAAACUCCAGAUACUCUAAUAAUUUGGAUCAAGAAAAUGGGAAUUUGAAAGGCCUUUAGGAGUUGUGGAAUAAAAAGUCAAGGGGUACUG